UGCGGAAGUGACCGACAACAGCUCACUCUUUCCUUUCCGUUCUUGCGGCGUUAAACUUUCCGUCACGAGUGCUCGCAAGGAACAGGGCUUUGGGCGGGUGAGUGUGGCUCAAGUGGAGCCACACGUGUGAUGGUCGCCGAAUCCCAGCGUGCUCUGGCUGGGGAGAGUGGUCGUGACAAUCGAAAGUGACACCAAUGCAACGACCGGGUGAUCUCUGAGGUGGCCAGAGGACUCGCUGAUGUUAGCACGCGGAAUCGCAGCACCACCUAUUUUCUUUCCAUCACUCCACUAGACUGUGCACAUUCCUAAUGCUGUCACAGCCAGCUGUGGAUUUUAUCUAGUUCGUAGCUGCUGUCACCUCCGCUGCUGCGUCCUGUUGUGCUGCAACCCGCCUGUCACCAUCCUUUCCACGAGAGUCUGGCCGCUGGGAAUCAAGACGGUGGCAGGUGUGAAGAGAGAAAGAGUGAGUGAGUGAGUGAGAGAGAGAGAGACAUCAGCUUUGGUUGCAGCAACGUAAGGGUAGAGCAGUGGUGGUGAUGAUAAGUUUAUGAUUAGUUUUUGGAGAUAAUAAUGGUGGUGGGAUGAUUAACAGGGAAUGGAGGCGUUACAAGUGAUGGGAAAAGGGAUGGAGAACGAGGGGGAGAUGGCGACGGAAGUGGUGAGGUGACCACGGCAAGCACAUCACGAUUGGUGUGAAAGCUGGCUUCGAGAGAUUCAGUGGGUGGGAUUUGAAAUUUUGGCUAGGGGUGGGUUAGCCGUGGUCAGGAGGACUACGAGAAGGUACGAUUGAUGAGUUGCCGAAGAUGAAGUGGCAAGGCGGGGGCAGGAGGUCGUCGGCGCUGGCGAUGCGGACGUUUCUAGUAGCAGUGGUGGUGUUGCAGCUGCAUUUGAGUUUGAGUAGUGCUGCGUUGGGAGCUGAAACUGUGAUUCAAGUUUUUGUGCCCGACACGGCAGAGGAGAAGAGGGCGGAGGUAGUUGGUGUAGUGUACACGGCGACGGUGAACUACAAUAGUAACGUAUUGGGUGGAAUCGCUGGUCACCGCGCGGAUUUGGGUUCAUCUUUUGUAUGUUGUGAAUUCCUCGUGCAGGUUGGAGAUUUGGGUGACGGUGCUGUUCGAAACCGGAGUCAGGUAGUGGAAUGUAUUGCUGCCACUCUGGGCCAUGGCGCCCAUGACCCAUCAGGUCGCGGGGCUUGCCUACUUGUCGACUCCUCACUUGGUGAUGUUUGGACAGGAACUCGAGAUCGUAGUAACGGCUACGCAAAGUUGCAAUUGGAUGCAACACUGGCACUGUCAGCUUACCUCGGAUGGCUUCCAGGAGCUCCUAUCAACCUCAGCCACGACGUAGGAAUCCUGCUGCCGUCAUUGCACACUCAAGUCGAAUGCGCGGGUGAAUCUGAUGCUGGGACGAAUCUUUGCUGGAUGAAUGCUACCUCUUCGUUGGGAACGACCACAUUCGAGGCAUUGGCACCAUUACGUUUAGAACGUCGUUUCUACAGCAAGAUGCGCUUGGAGAUGCCGCAAGAGUUCAAAUUCGUAUUGAGGCCUGCUUCAUAUUCUUCCUCGCGCUCAAGUAUUGGCGACCAAUCGAAUUCUACUCAUGCCUAUCAGUCGAGUUUUGUUGUUACAUUGUCUAAUUUGAGGGAGAAUCCUGGUAGUGGAGUUUUAACACCACCUGUGGGUCCUCUUGGACGAAGGUCUUUGCGGGCUGAAUUUGAAGAAGCAACACGCUUGUCGUAUCGUCGAUGUGGCCAUGGACAAUUGCGCUGUGCCCACUGGUUAGGAAUUCUUUUAGGAGCAGUUAUUACGUUGGCAGGGUUAUCGAUGCUGGCAAUUCUAUGUGCCGGAUCGAAGGAAGAUGAAACCCCCGCCGAUUUUUUGGACACGGUUCCCAGUCUGCCACCUCGUUUUUCCUACUCCAAAUUGCAAAAGGCCACGAAGAAUUUUUCACGGAAACUGGGUGAUGGUGCCUUUGGAUCCGUCUACGAGGGGACACUACCCAAUGGUGCACGUGUGGCGGUGAAAAUGCUGGAGAAAACAUCUGUGCAGGGAGAGAAGCAGUUUAGGGCUGAAGUAGCGUCCAUGGGUGCAAUUCGUCACCUCAAUUUGGUCCGUCUGCAUGGCUUUUGUUCUGAAGGUACUCACCGGUUGCUUGUGUAUGAGUUCAUGCCGAAUGGCAGCCUGGAUGCUUGGCUGUUUGGCAAGAAGCAAGGGGAGAAGCUGCUGGAUUGGGAGCAGCGCCUCAACAUCGCUCUGGGUACAGCCCGAGCUUUGGCCUACCUUCACGAGGAAUGCAGCGAUCAUAUCAUUCAUUUGGAUGUUAAGCCAGAGAACAUUCUUCUGGACCACCAAUUUUGCCCUAAGCUUUCAGAUUUUGGACUUGCCAAGUUGAUGGACAGAGAGCAAAGCAGAGUGGUCACAAGCAUGCGUGGCACACCCGGCUAUUUAGCUCCUGAAUGGUUACUUCCUCACGCUGCAGUGACUGCCAAGACGGAUGUCUACAGCUUCGGCAUGGUGCUGCUGGAGCUUAUCAGCGGGCGCGAAAACACCAACUUCUCCCUAGGCAAAGAGCAAUGGUACUUCCCCGCAUGGGCUUUCAAGCUCAUGGGCGAAGGGCGCACCAUGGAGCUUCUCGACAAGCGCCUGCACGUUGAGGAGGUUGAAUAUUUCCACAAGAAAGACGCUAUGCGAGCCAUCCACUGCGCGCUUCUCUGUAUUCAGGAUGACCCCUCAGCACGCCCUCCCAUGAGUCGAGUAGUGCACAUGCUUCAAGGUCACGUAGAGCCGGAGCCCCUGAACGCUCGUCAAUCCGCCAUUCAACCCCCUCGCCGCUUACUGACUGCCUUUGCGGCGAGCAGGAGCGACAUAGAAGCCGGCAACACCCAGGGUCAUGAACAGCAACAACCCCAGCAACCCCAUCAUCACCAGAACGAUGUGAUGCACCACCAAGCUGUCGGGCCUGGAGUCAGCACCCGCAUACCCGUGACUGAAUCCCCUCGGGUGAAGGAAUCCCCCAGGGUCAUGAACCUUGCUCCCUCACCUCGCACUCUUCAAGAGCUGGAUGGGGACCGAGGCGAGCACUUCGAUCGGAUGGAGCCCCUCCCACCCGCGGUCCAAAUGCCCAACCAAGCGCGCGGCAGCAACGCUUCCCGAAUGACGGGCGCCCACUCCAUGUCCAGCAACCAGAAAUCCAUCCCACCCUGGCCCGUCAAAGGCGACAUUAUCCUCACUCGUGGCCCGCAAGGCGACCAGCACUGUGUGGUCCGUGACGUCCGUGUCCAAGGGAAGCAAAUGCGGCUGGCGAUCCUUCACAGACUGAGCUCAGAAACGCGCUGGAGCGUCCGCGAGGAGGAGCAAAACUGGCGCAACUGGAACGAGUCGAUCAAAACGCUGGACUUCUGGGUGGUCGUCCGGUGGUCGACGAUCCCUGGUCGUGGGUUUGAAAAAUACCCCGUGGAGUGGAUGACAAGAUGACGAGACCCACAGAUGGCUGGCUAUCCCUUUUCAUCUUUUUGCAUGGUCUUGGCCUCACCGCAGCUCAAUUUUUUCCGUCUUGUUUCUCCCCCCCCCCCCCCCCCCACCUUCGAAAAUUCCUCUUUUCUUUUUUGCGCUCCCAAUUGGGGCGAUUUUUGAAGCUUGCAGCAGCGUAGUAACUAGGUUGCCACUCCUCGGCCCAGGUGGGUUCGGCUUGUGCCACCUGGACUUCGGCCUUCUAGCCCAUGGGCAAUAGGUAUAGCGUUGUCACCAUUUAGUUCGAAUUAGUAUACCCUGAUAGGGCUGUGUUCUCAUUCUUUCAUGGAUUUGAGAAAGUGAUCAUCGUGUUACAGGACAUCAUCAGCAGGGGCAGUGAAGUUUAUCUUCUAUCGGACAUUAUGUAAUUUGCUCUUCCUCUUCCUCUCUUCUUCAGCUUGCGCAAUUUUGAUACCGAGUCCUUGCUCUGUGAUCCUGAGGCCCAUUGCUACAUUCUCCUGGAUCAGGGUUCGGAGAUGCACUGUCGUUGCACAUGCAAGCAUUUGCUCGGUUUUGUCGCUCCAGUGCUUUCCUUUGUUCCGAAUUGUCAUUGCGCUGUGAUUCCCAUUGAACUUCGGUGACGAUCCUGUACAGGUCUGGAAUAGUUAGGGUUUCGGUUUGCUCAUCAAAGUUACCUUGAGACUCAUUUCCACGUGUUUCAGUAAUUGUGGUCCAGUCUUUGCAUGAAAAUGUGUUUUGGAAACUUUCCAGUUUACUAGUUGAAGCCGAGUCAACACAUGCAAGAAUACUUUGGGAGUGAUAUGCAAAUAAACGCUGGUCCGUUUUUUUC